AUGGCAUUGAUGUCAAUGACGCUUCAGUUUACUCUGGAGUGUGCACAGAAGUCUUUAAAGAGGAGUAUGGGUUGUACCAGGAGAAGGUUUACUGCUUUGUGCAUCUGAGCAUCCAGGAGUAUCUCGCUGCUUUAUAUGUGUUUCUGUCAAACUCAUCAGCUGAACUGCUGAAUACUGCAGUGGAUCAGGCAUUAGAGAGCAAGAAUGGACACUUGGACCUCUACCUCCGCUUCCUCCUGGGCCUCUCAACAGACUCCAGUAAGACUCUGUUACAAAGGCUACUGGGACAGACAAGAACCAGAUUAUAUAACAUUAACGAAACAGCCCAAUAUAUGAAGGAGAAAAUAAAGGAGAAUUUAUCUCCAGAAAGGACCAUCAACCUGUUCCAUUGUCUGAAUGAACUUGGUGACAAUUCUCUAGUAGAGGAAGUUCAAAGAUACCUGAAUUCAGGAAACAUUUCAGCAGAUGACCUCUCACCUGCACAGUACUCAGCUCUGGGCUUUGUGAUGCUGAUGUCAGAUGAGGAGCUGGAUGUUUUUGACCUGAAGAAAUACAUCAGAUCAGAUGAAGGUCUUCAAAGGCUGCUGCCUGUGGUCAAGAAAUCCAGGAUGGCUCUGCUGAACUGCUGUAAUCUCACAGAGGAAUGCUGUGAGGCACUGGCUUCAGCUCUCAGAUCACACUCCUCACAACUGAGAGAGCUGGACCUGAGUGACAAUGACCUGCAGGACUCAGGAGUGAAGCUGCUCUCUGCUGGACUGGGGGAUUCACACUGUAAACUGAAGAUAUUGAAGCUGGACAGCUGUAAUCUCACAGAGAAAUGCUGUGAGGCUCUGACUUCAGCUCUUAGAUCAAACUCCUCACACCUGAUAGAGCUGGACCUGAGUGACAAUGACCUGCAGGACUCAGGAGUGACACUGCUGUCUGCUGAACUGGGGAAUUCCCGCUGUAAAGUGCAAAUACUGAGGCUGUCCAACUGUAAUAUCACAGAAGAAGGCUGUUCUUCCCUGACUUCAGCUCUAAGGUCAAACCCCUCACACCUGAGAGAGCUGGACCUGAGCUACAAUCACCCAGGAGAUUCAGCAGUGAAGCUGCUCUCUGCUGUACUGGAGGAUCCCAGCUGUAAACUGGAGAAAGUGAAGCUGAACAGCUGUAAAUUGAGUUGGGAAUCCUGUAUAGUGUUGGCCUCUGCCCUCAGCUCAGAUUCACACCUCAGAGAGCUGGACCUGAGAGACAAUGAGCUGCCAGAUUUAAUAGAGAAACGGCAUCCAGGGUUUAAACAGCAGAGGCUACAACCAGCAUUUCUGGGUUUUACACGCUGCAAACUGGACAUACUGAGGCUGAACAGAUGUAAUCUCACAGAGAAAUGCUAUGAGGCAUUGGGUUUAAUUCUCAGAUCAAAUUCUUCACACCUGAGAGAGCUGGACUUGAGUCACAAUGACCUGCAGGAUUCAGGAGUGGAGCUGCUCUCUGCUGGACUGGGGGAUUCACACUGUAAACUGGAGAUACUGAGGCUGUCCAGCUGUAGUAUCAGACAAGAAGGUUGUUCUUCCCUGGCUUUGGCUCUGAGGUCAAACCCCUCACACCUGAGAGAGCUGGACCUGAGCUACAAUCACCCAGGAGACUCAGGAGUGAAGCUGCUCUCUGCUGUACUGAAGAAUCCCAGCUGUAACCUGGAGAAAGUGAAGCUGAACAGCUGUAAAUUGAGUUGGGAAUCCUGUAUAGUGCUGGCCUCUGCCCUCAGCUCAGAUUCACACCUCAGAGAGCUGGACCUGAGAGACAAUGAGCUGACAGAGAAACGGUGCCCAGGAUAUGAAAGGCAGAUGCCCCAGUCAACAUUGCUCAGUUUUACACGCUGCAAACUGGACAUACUGAGGCUUAACAGUUGUAAUCUCACGGAGAAAUGCUGUGAGGCACUGGCUUCAGCUCUCAGAUCAAACUCCUCACACCUGAUAGAGCUGGACCUGAGUGACAAUUAUCUGCAGGAUUCAGGAGUGAAGCCACUCUUUGCUGAACUGAGGAAUACACACUGUAAGCUGGAGAUACUGCGCCUGAACAGCUGUAAACUCACAGAGAAAUGCUGUGGGACACUGGCUUCAGCUCUAAGAUCAAACUCCUCACACCUGAGAGAGCUGGACAUGAGUCACAAUGACCUGCAGGAUUCAGGAGUGAAGCGGCUCUCUGCUGGACUGGGGGAUUCACACUGUAAACUGGAGAUACUGAGGAUGGAAAGUUGCAGAGUCAGAGGAGAUGGCUGUUUCUCCCUGGCUUCAGCUCUGAGAUCAAACCCUUCACACCUGAGAGAGCUGGAUCUGAGCUACAAUCACCCAGGAGAUUCUGGUGUGAAUCUGCUCUCUGAUGUACUGGAGGAUCCCAACUGCAAACUGGAGAAGCUGAUGCUGUCAGGCUGUAGAGUCACAGAGAGAGGCUGUUCUUCCCUGGCUGCAGCUCUGAGGUCAAACCCCUCACACAUGAGCAAGCUGAAUUUGAGCUACAAUCACCCAGGAGACUCAGGAGUGAAGCUGCUCUCUGCUGUACUGGAGGAUCCCAGCUGUAAACUGGGGAAGCUGAAGCUGAACAGCUGUAAUCUCACAGAGAAAUGCUGUGAGGCUCUGACUUCAGCUCUCAGAUCAAUCACCUCACACCUGAUAGAGCUGGACCUGAGUAACAAUGACCUGCAGGACUCAGGAGUGACACUCCUGUCUGCUGAACUGGGGAAUUCCGACUGUAAAGUGCAAAUACUGAGGCUGUCCAGCUGUAGAGUCACAAAAGAAGGCUGUUCUUCCCUGGCUUCAGCUUUGAGGUCAAACCCCUCACACCUGAGAGAGCUGGACCUGAGCUACAAUCACCCAGGAGACUCAGGAGUGAAGCUGCUCUCUGCUGUACUGAAGGAUCCCAGCUGUAAACUGGAGAAGCUGCAGCUGAACAGCUGUAAAUUGAGUUGGGAAUCCUGUAUAGUGCUGGCCUCUGCCCUCAGCUCAGAAUCACACCUCAGAGAGCUGGACCUGAGAGACAAUGAGCUGCCAGAUUUAAUAGAGAAACAGCAUCCAGGGUUUAAACAGCAGAGGCUACAACCAGCAUUGCUGGGUUUUACACGCUGCAAACUGGACAUACUGAGGCUGAACAGCUGUAAUCUCACAGAGAAAUGCUAUGAGGCAUUGGGUUUAAUUCUGAGAUCAAACUCUUCACACCUGAGUGAGCUGGACCUGAGUUACAAUGACCUGCAGGAUUCAGGAGUGGAGCUGCUCUCUGCUGCACUGGGGGAUUCACACUGUAAACUGGAGAUAUUAAGGCUGUCCAACUGUAAUAUCAGAGAAGAAAGCUGUUCUUCCCUGGCUUCAGCUUUGAGGUCAAACCCAUCACACCUGAGACAGCUGGAUCUGAGCUACAAUCACCCAGGAGAGUCAGGAGUGAAGCUGCUCUCUGCUGUACUGGAGGAUCCCAGCUGUAAACUGGAGAAGCUGCAGCUGAACAGCUGUAAAUUGAGUUGGGAAUCCUGUAUGGUGCUGGCUUCUGCCCUCAGCUCAGAUUCACACCUCAGAGAGCUGGACCUGAGAGACAAUGAGCUGACAGAGAAACGGUGCCCAGGAUAUGAAAGGCAGAUGCCCCAGUCAACAUUGCUGGGUUUUACACGCUGCAAACUGGACAUACUGAGGCUUAACAGUUGUAAUCUCACGGAGAAAUGCUGUGAGGCACUGGCUUCAGCUCUCAGAUCAAACUCCUCACACCUGAUAGAGCUGGACCUGAGUGACAAUUACCUGCAGGAUUCAGGAGUGAAGCCACUCUUUGCUGAACUGAGGAAUACACACUGUAAGCUGGAGAUACUGCGCCUGGACAGCUGUAAUCUCACAGAGAAAUGCUGUGGGACACUGGCUUCAGCUCUAAGGUCAAACUCCUCACACCUGAGAGAGCUGGACCUGAGUGACAAUGACCUGCAGGAUUCAGGAGUGAAGCUACUCUCUGCUGGACUGGGGGAUUCACACUGUAAACUGGAGAUACUGAGGAUGGCAAGUUGCAGAGUCAGAGGAGAUGGCUGUUUCUCCCUGGCUUCAGCUCUGAGAUCAAACCCUUCAAACCUGAGAGAGCUGGAUCUGAGCUACAAUCACCCAGGAGAUUCUGGUGUGAAUCUGCUCUCUGAUGUACUGGAGGAUCCCAGCUGCAAACUGGAGAAGCUGAUGCUGUCAGGCUGUAGAGUCACAGAGAGAGGCUGUUCUUCCUUGGCUGCAGCUCUGAGGUCAAACCCCUCACACAUGAGCAAGCUGAAUUUGAGCUACAAUCACCCAGGAGACUCAGGAGUGAAGCUGCUCUCUGCUGUACUGGACGAUCCCAGCUGUAAACUGGGGAAGCUGAAUGUGGAUCACGGUGGAGAGUGCAGGACCAGACCAGGCUUACAGAAAUACUCCUGCCAGCUGACGCUGGACCCCAACACAGCACACAGAUUCCUGUCUCUGUCAGGGGGGGACAGGAAGGUGACAGGGGGGGCAGAGCAGCCAUAUCCUGAUCAUCCAGAGAGAUUUGACAGCUGGAGCCAAGUUCUGUGCAGAGAGAGUCUGACUGGCCGCUGUUACUGGGAGGCUGAGUGGGAUGGAGAUGCAGUCCUGAUAGGAGUCACUUAUAAAGGGAUCGAGAGGAAAGGAGGGAGGGACUGUGGGCUUGGAGCCAAUAACAAGUCAUGGAUGCUUAUCUGCUCUCCUCACAGACACUCUGUCUGUCACAAUAAUAAACAGACUCUCAUACCCAUAAAGCCCACAGGCUCCCGCAGAGUAGGAGUGUAUCUGGACUGGGGGGCUGGUGCUCUGUCCUUCUACAGAGUCUCCUCUGAUGGACUGACCCCCCUGCACAGAUUCACCUCCUCAUUCACUGAGUCCCUCUAUCCAGGGUUUGGGGUUUAUCCAAACCCCCCCGUGUCGCUGUGCAUGCUGGGAUAGCUCACUGUGUGCUGGAGGAAUCAUUUUUACCGUAUCAGAGUCUCACAUGUCGCUGCUUCUCCGUGGCAAAAAGGUAAAAUCUCUGCUUUAUAACCAGUAUAACCCUUUUUACUCUGUCUGAAGUGUGACGUAUGUUAAUAAUUGGGUUCUGUAAGCUGAACAAACAUGUAGAAUGACUGUUUUUCUCUGACUUAUGUUCUAUGUUGUCUGUAAAUGCACCAAAACUGCCUAAACAAAUUCAUAGUACAUGCAGUUGUACCAAUGGAGUGAAUUCUGAUUCUGAAUAAAAUAAAAUGUAAUGAAA